AUGCGAUACGGCUUGCGCGGAACGCACAUGGAACCGAUGCGCACCGGGCGGAUCCUCCCAGUCGUCCCGAGAGCGAGAUCAAGUAGGCAGUCCGCGAUGAACGCCUCCGACGAUGCGAAGCUCGGCGCGGAAGCGGAGACGAACGGGACGACUACAGCAGAGAAUACGGGAUGGGAGGUGAUCACGGUGGGGGUCCUGUUCGCGUCGACCCUGGUGGGGAACGUGCUGCUUCUCGUCGCUCUCGUCAUGGAACGGGGAAGGAUGACCCGGCUCUUCUACUUCAUCGGGCACUGCUGCGUGGCGGAUCUCAUCACGGCAUUCUUCACCGACUUCACCCAGAUGAUCUGGAAGAUCUACACGUGGUGGUACGGGGGGAACGUGGCGUGCAAGCUGCUCAAGUACCUGCAGGUCCUUGGGAUGUACCUCAGUUCGUACGUGUUCGUGAUGAUGUCCUUGGACCGAUACCAGGCCAUCUGUCACCCGAUGUCCUACCAGCGUCGGUCGUACGCGAAGUGGAAGAUCGCCACCGCCUGGUUCCUGGCGUUGAUGUUCAGCAUCCCACAACUGGUCAUCUUCUCCGCCGUGGACUUCGAGGACAAGGACGGGACCACGAAGACGCAGUGCUACGGGACGUUCGCAGUGGAAUGGGGCGAAAGGGCGUACGUUACGUUCUUCGUGACGACCAAUUUCUUCGUCCCUCUGGUCGUCGUCACGUUCUCGUAUGUGAACAUCUACUGGACGAUCUGGACGAACGCGAGGCGGAAGGAGAUCGCUGCAAGGACGGGGCGAGGAGACGGAGCGGUGAAUCCCAGGGCGAGUUCCAGCGAGAACAUCUCCAAGGCGAAGCUGAAGACGGCCAAGCUCACCACAGUCGUCAUCGGAUGCUACAUCGUCUGCUCGGCGCCGUUCAGCGUCACGUUGCUCUGGAUCGUCUAUGCGGGGGCAGAUGUGGUCACGGAGGCUUUGGGUCCACUGGUGGUGAGCGUGUUCGCUCACAUGCUGGCGCUGAACAGCAGCGUGAACCCGUGGAUUUACAUGUUCUUCAACCGGAAUCUCCUGCGGAACCUCGGGGGGCUGUUCGCCUGCGUCCGGGGACGCGGGCUCGCGGCGCCCGCCCGCUCCGUCUACCGGUCCGCGACACCUUCCACCUUCUGAGACGCUGCUCCACCUUCCGAGACGCUGCUCCACCUUCCGAGACGCUGCUCCACCUUCCGAG